AUGGCUUACUUGUUUCCGAAUUUAUGUCGUUGCAUUUGUUUAAGAAAUCGCAGCGGCAUUCAUAUUGCCCAAACUGCGUCAUAUCAUGCAAAUGUUAUAGAUCAUUACGAAAACCCUAGAAAUGUUGGUUCAUUGGACAAAAAGGACAAGAAUGUUGGAACAGGGUUGGUAGGAGCUCCAGCUUGUGGUGAUGUCAUGAAGUUACAAAUCAGAGUUGAUGACGAUGGCAAAAUUAUUGAUGCGAAAUUCAAGACAUUUGGAUGUGGCUCAGCAAUUGCAUCAAGCUCACUUGCAACAGAAUGGGUCAAGGGAAAGACAGUUGAUGAAGCAUUAAAACUGAAGAAUACAGAUAUAGCUAAGGAACUGUCCUUGCCGCCUGUCAAGUUACACUGUUCUAUGCUUGCUGAGGAUGCCAUCAAAGCGGCUCUCUCAGACUACAGAAUCAAACAAGAGCACAAUGAAAAGAAGUAA